AUGGGUUGCAGGCCAGAUCAUGGUCGCCUGUCCAAUCUUACCGAUUACGUAAUUGCAAUAGAAAAUCUUGGGCCCGUCUUGGAGUAUCAUUUGCGGUGUGGCUUAGCGGAGGGAUCUCCUCCCAUCACUUGCAUUAUAGCAGAAAAUUUCAUGUCUUGCACUCACCAAGUGGCCAACAACUUGGGAGUGCCCCUAGUCAUCUUCUGGACAAUGUGCGCCGCCUCUUCUAUUGCUCAGUGCAACUCUAACCUUCUCGUCUCUCGUGAACAUAUACCCGUCAAAGUGGAGGAAUCGAAGAGGGCAGACAAAGUGAUAACUUGUUUACCUGGCAAUCUUCCGCCUUUGUUGCCGACCGAUCUCCUUUCCUUCUAUCGCGCUGCUGACCCAUCGGACAUUUUGUAUCAGUACUGUCUCCGUGAGUCCCAAUAUCAAAGUAAGGCAGACUAUGUGCUGGUCAACACGUUCGAUGAACUGGAAGCCCCAGAGACGGUAAGCGCACUGUUCUGUAAUGGCUGUCCUGCUUUGGCAGUAGGGCCUGUAUUUCUUCCCAAUUUUCUGGAAGCGAAGGAACAGCUGGAGGAGCUGGCAAUAGGGUUGGACAAAAGCCAGCACCCCUUUCUUUGGGUGUUACGAAUGGAUAUUGUGGGAGGCAUGCCUACAAUUCUGCCGGAGGAUUUUGAAGAGAGGACAAAAGAUCGGGGCCUGAUUGUGAAAUGGGCGCCUCAGGUGAAGGUGCUAUCCCACCCUUCUGUAGGAGGGUUUCUUACGCACUGCGGGUGGAACUCCAGUUUGGAGAGCAUGAGCUUGGGAAUUCCAAUGCUUGGAUGGCCCUAUUUCUGUGAUCAGUUUCUCGACUGCCGCUUGUACAAGGAUGUGUGGAAGAUUGGCAUGGACUUGGAGGGCGUGGAUGUUGAUGAAAAUCUGGUGGUCAAAAGCUUUCCAAUUCGGCUUCUCUUAAAAUGCCCGAACCGUAAAAGUUUCAGCCAUGCAAUUUAUUGA